AUGGCCUCGUCGAUGAGGAAAUCGGAGAAGACUCGAGAGGGCUUGAUCCGAGCCUUGUUGCCUGUUGAGCUCCGUGUCAAUUUGCUUAUUCCAUUUCUUCGUCGAGCGAUGCCCGAUUCACUUGAAUAUCAGACGGGAUUCAAUAAUGAGUUUGCGUCUGCCGACAAGCGUGUGCCUGAUGCGUUGCCGAUCGGCCAGAACUCGCCGCAGAAAUGCGCACACGGGCUUUACGCGGAGCAACUGAAUGGAACCGCCUUCACGGCUCCAAGAACAAGCAACAAAAGAAGCUGGCUCUAUCGCAUUCGGCCGUCGGUGAUUCACCGACCUUUUACCAACAAGCAUGUCAUUUCUAGGUGGACCAACAACUUUUCGGGAAUUGAGCCCAACCCGAACCAAUAUCGCUGGAAUCCAUUCCCAUUUCCAAAAGAGGAGGACAAUGUUGAUUUUAUCAAGGGUCUUUAUACCGUGUGCGGUGGAGGUGACGUCAUCAGUCGCACCGGAUUGUCGAUCCAUGUUUAUUCGUGCAACGCGAGCAUGAAAGACACGGCAAUGUACAACGCCGACGGAGAUUUUUUGAUUGUGCCCCAACAAGGCGAGCUUGAAGUGACAACCGAAUUCGGACGAAUCCUCGUUCGUAUUCAGGAGAUUCUCGUGAUCCCACAAGGGGUCCGCUUCUCCAUCGGCGUUCGCGGACCAUCGAGAGGAUACGUGCUCGAGGUGUUCGGAACUCACUUCCAAUUGCCGGAUCUUGGACCGAUCGGAGCCAACGGGCUCGCGAAUCCAAGAGAUUUCGAGACGCCGGUCGCUUGGUUCGAAGAUGUCGACAAACCGUUUACCAUUGUCAACAAGUACCAAGGCGGAUGGUUCAAGGCUCAACAGGACCAUUCUCCAUUUGACGUCGUCGCCUGGCACGGAAACUAUGUUCCGUACAAGUACGAUCUUCGCAAGUUCAUGGUCAUCAAUACCGUCUCGUUCGAUCAUUGCGACCCUUCAAUCUUCACCGUUUUGACAGCUCCAUCGAACAAACCGGGAACGGCCAUUGCCGAUUUCGUGAUAUUCCCACCACGCUGGGGAGUCGCCGACAACACUUUCCGUCCGCCAUACUAUCAUAGAAACUGCAUGUCGGAGUACAUGGGACUGAUUGUGGGAUGCUACGAAGCGAAGGAAGGAGGAUUCAAGCCAGGAGGUGGAUCUCUUCAUUCGAUGAUGACUCCGCAUGGUCCCGAUUUCAAGUGUUUCGAAAUGGCCUCGAAUGCCGAGUUGAGGCCGCAAAGAGUGGCUGAAAACACAAUGUCGUUCAUGUUCGAAAGCUCGCUUAACAUGGCAAUUAGCUCAUGGGCGGUCGAGGAAAACGUCGACAAGGAUUAUUACAAGGAUUGGCAGCCACUUAAGAAGCAUUUCGUUUUGCCAAAAUAG